CUAGCACAAGAAACCAUCCAUGGACAUUUGCAUGUUUUAUUUUGGUGUUUUGGUAUUGAUAACAAACUACAUUUCCCUCACCACUUCAACACCACUCUUCAAUCUCACCACCGAUCAAUACUCUCUCACAGUCUUAAAAAACUCCAUUGUUUCCGAUCCUAAUGCCAUCUUGCAUACAAAUUGGUCAAUUCACACUCCCAUUUGUGGAUGGAUUGGUAUCUCUUGUGGCACAAAACACCAAAGGGUCACUGCCCUAAACCUCUCGAGCUUCAAUCUCCGAGGCACCAUCCCUCCACACCUUGGAAACGUAUCGUUUCUUCGAGUUAUAGACAUCAGCUCCAACACUUUUACGGGCGUCUUACCAUCUGAGCUGUCUAAGCUGCGACGUUUAGAAGUGAUAAACGUCGCAGCUAACAACUUCUCCGGAGAGAUACCAUCGUCGUUCGGAGACUUAUCCCAGCUCCGACACAUGGAUAUGUCGGACAACGUAUUCUCAGGCAGAAUCCCUUCUUCUCUAUUCAAUAUUUCGAGGCUUCAGAAUCUGAAUAUGAGCUUCAAUACUCUCGAUGGAAACAUCCCUGAGGAGAUUGGUGGGCUUUCUUCACUGGAAAGAGUUAGUUUACAAAACAAUCGGUUGAGGGGGACCAUACCAUAUGCUGUCUUCAACAUUUCUUCGUUGAUAUCAGUCAUUUUUGCAUACAAUAUGCUAUCAGGAAAGCUCCCAAACAACAUAUGCAGUAAUACUCCAAGAUUAAGAGAAUUCACUGUCCUUAGGAACCAAUUUGAUGGGGAAAUUCCAAGAAACAUAGGCAAAUGCAAAGAGCUUCAGCUCCUGCAAUUACAAUACAAUAAUUUCAGUGGCGAUAUCCCAAGUGAAAUUGGAAGUUUGAGUAUGCUCCAGGGUUUGUUUCUAUUGGAAAACCAAUUCAAAGGUAGAAUACCAAAGCAAGUUGGGAACCUCACUUCUCUACUUUAUCUAAUGCUUCAAGAAAAUCACUUAACAGGUAGAAUACCAAAGCAAGUUGGGAACCUCACUUCUCUACUUUUUCUAAUGCUUCAAGAAAAUCACUUAACAGGUGAAUUGCCAGAAGAUCUUUCUAACUUGGGAUCAUUGAAUACGCUCAUUGUGUACAGUAAUUCGUUAUCCGGCAAUAUCCCACCUGUCAUUUUCAAUAUAUCAACCUUGCAAGUAUUAGACCUUUCAGGGAACCAAAUUUCAAGUACCCUUCCUUCAAAUAUGGGGUUUACCCUUCCCAAUCUCCAACUCCUCUUUUUGCACUACAACUAUCUCAGCGGCCCCAUUCCUGACUCUAUCAACAACGCUUCUCAGCUUCAACAAUUAGCCUUGCAAGUGAAUUCAUUCACUGGCUUAAUUCCCAGUUUUCCUAGUUUAAGGCUCUUAAAAAGGUUUUUCAUCAACAACAAUUUCUUGAGCGCAACCAAGGAAAUGGAAUUUCUCUCUUCAUUAACUAAUUCACAGUAUCUGGAGCUUAUUGACAUAUCAAAUAAUACACUACUGGGUUGUGUUCUACCUUCUUCCAUUGGGAAUCUAUCUCAAUCUCUCGAGAUUUUCUCGGCGCAAGAUUUAAAUAUCAGAGGUGCCAUUCCUUCUCAAAUAGGAAACUUAACCAAUUUGAUAUUUUUAUAUCUAAAUGGCAAUGAGUUGAGCGGGUCAAUUCCUACAACAAUAGGAAAUUUGAAGAAACUUGGGGGAUUAUCCCUUACUCAUAAUCAGUUGCAAGGGUCUGUCCCCCUCGAUCUUUGUCAGAUGAGUAGUUUGGCCGAGUUAAACCUCAUCAAGAACAUGCUCGAAGGUCCAAUACCAGAAUGUUUGGGUGUAAUGCAAUCACUUAGAGUGAUUAAACUUGCCUCAAACAAGUUGAAAUCCACCAUCCCUUCCAAUUUCUGGAAUCUCAAAGACCUCGUCUUUCUUAACUUGUCCUCAAACUAUUUGAACGGUCAGAUCUCACCUCAAAUUCGAAAUUUGAAGGUAAUCAACCAAAUAGAUUUCUCCUCUAAUCUAUUUUCCGGCGAUAUUCCCAACUCAAUUGAUGGUUGCCAAUCAGUAGAAUACGUAAAUUUGUCGAACAACAACUUUGGAGGAUCUAUGCCUCAAUCGCUGGGAAAUAUGAAAGGCUUGACAGCAUUGGAUUUAUCCAAUAACAGUUUUACUGGAGUGAUACCUAAAUCUUUACAAGAUCUCAAAUUCUUGGAGUAUUUCAAUGUGUCUUACAACAGAUUGGAAGGGGAAAUUCCAAAUGGGGGCUGUUUUUCCAACUUUACUGCUCUAUCAUUUGUACACAACUCAGCUCUUUGCGGUCCAGCAAGAUUUGAAGUGCCACCUUGUCCAAAAGUUGAUCAAGGAUCAAAAUCAAAGAAUGUGGCUCCACUAAUGAAGUACAUUUUGCCUCCUCUACUUUCAGCUAUUGCAAUAGUGAUCAUUGUAGUUAUUCUCAUGAGACGAAGGAGGGUUAUAAAAGUGAGAAUUCCAAUUUCUACUUGUGUAGGCAAUCCUUGGAGAAUAGUAUCAUACAUCCAACUAUUGCGAGCGACAGAUUCCUUUAGUGAAACGAAUCUACUUGGGAGAGGAAGCUUUGGUUCGGUAUUUAAAGGGGUGUUUGAUGAUGGGCUGAAUUUUGCAGUGAAAGUGUUCAAUACAGAGUUGGAAGGGGGUAACAAGAGCUUCGAAACUGAAAGUAGAAUACUAAGCACAAUUCGACACCGGAAUUUAGUUCGAGUUAUCGGUUGCUGUACAAACAUGGAAUUCAAAGCCUUGAUUCUUGAAAUCAUGCCAAAUGGAAGCUUGGAGAAAUGGUUAUACUCCAAUAACUAUUACCUAGAUUUUCAAAAAUUGUUGAAUAUUUCAAUUGAUAUUGCUUCAGCUCUGGAGUACCUUCAUCACGGUAAUACUUCCCCCAUUGUGCAUUGCGAUAUAAAGCCAAGCAAUGUGUUGCUCGAUGAAGAUAUGACGGCUCAUGUUGCUGAUUUUGGUAUUGCAAAGCUCUUUGAUGAGGGGGAGGCCAUGAUCCACACCAAAACACUAGCUACAAUCGGCUAUGCAGCACCAGAGUAUGGAUCGGAAGGAAAAGUAUCCACAAGUGCUGAUGUAUAUAGUUUUGGGAUAAUGCUAUUGGAGAUGUUUACAAGAAAGAAGCCGACAGAUGAUAUGUUUGGUGGGGAAAUGAGCUUGAAGGAGUGGGUGGGUGAAGCAUUACAAGCCAAUGACAUCAAUCAAGUAUUAGCCCCUGCUUUGCUUCCAGAACAAGAUCGAAAUUUCGAUAUGAAGAUGAAUUGGCUGACAUCUGUGUUUGAAUUAGCAAUGAAAUGUUUGGCCAUUUCACCAUCCGAAAGAAUCAACAUGAUUGAAGCGGCAGCCACUCUAAAGAAGAUCAAAGCAAAAAUUGAAACAAGAGUGACAAGAAGGUAUAAACAACAUGCAAUUACCAUUACUUGAGAUGGGGAUUUUGUUACUAAUGGUCGAUGGUAGUCGUUUCCUUUUUUAGUUGUUCUUUGUAAGUGAGUCGAGCGUGUGAUAAGAAGCUCCUUCAAGGGUUUUUCUUCGUUUGGUUCUUUUCCCAUGUCGUAGUCUUUGAACCAAACCGGGAGUCUAUGCAAAGAGAUGUAACAUGCAAACGAUUAUGAUCACUUAAUACAAAUCUUUCCAUUCUCCCAAACUCUAGCUUCUCUCGAUCGCUCUGCCCUAUCAGCCAUAGGCUAUCUCCUUCCCAAUUCCACAUCCUCCAAUUUCACAUUCGACGCGUAAAAUUGCAGCAAACUUUCAGAGCACACAGCAGGCAAGCCCCUAUAGGAUGUUGACUAGCAUGCCACGGCGCGCCAACCUGAGAUCUGGUCUGGUCCACAACACCGCAACACACCCUUUGCCACUUUUAUGCGAACCCGGAAAGAACAGAUAGGGAAAGUAAUACACAAUGAUAUCCUAUUCUAAAUGUAAUCCUAUAACCUACUUGGGUGUCACAUUGUGGCUUGGUCUCGUUGAGUGAGACACGAGGUCGUAGGAGUUCAGACUUACAAACUUGAUUCAAUAAAACUACAAACAUUCAAACAAUCUGCAGUAAAGUUAUGCAUAUUUCCUACAAAUGAGAUGCCAUUUACCAAUUUGUGUAAUUUCCACAUUGUGGCAAAGGAUUUAAGGAAUCCCAAUAUCAAAAAUUCCAAAUUAACAAUGCAAGAAAAAACUGCUUAUCAAAUAUGUAGCUCUUAGAAAUCAUUUCAAAACACCACACAAAUAAUCAGAAAACCAUAAUUCCAAAGAAAAAUCAUGCUGAAAAACUGAACAAGCAUUUCAUCGAACAGAUUGUGUGCGAUGAACUUCAUAUAAUAUUGCAAUGCAUAAAACAGCCACCACUCUCACAAAUGCGAUACAGCAUUACUGUGGCGGCCACAGUAACUCAAACAGCGAGAAAACAACUAACCUGAAUCUCGAUCAGUGGCGGUGGCUG